AUGAGGGACAUUCUGAGCAUCGGCGGGGAACCCGUCUUCGACAAUCGCAUCGUGAAGAUCGAGAGUCACACGUACAAUCUGUACGCCAAUACCACUUUCGGAUACAGCGACGAGAUACGAAUACCUAUACAACAGCAGGACCUAUACACGCUGCCGUGCGAGAAUUUUCUCUACGUCAAAGGUAGACUGCACGCGAAGAAUAAUCCGCCGCCCGCGUCGAGCGGCGAAUCGGGUAAGCCUGCCUCGGCCUCUAAGGAGCCGUCCGUGCCCUCGACGCCGGCGUGGCUCGUGAACAAUUGCGUCGCCUUUAUGUUCGAGGAGAUACGUUACGAGCUCGAUGGCGUGGAAAUCGAUCGUAAUCGCAACGUCGGAAUAACCAGCACGAUCAAGAACUACGUCUCGCUGACGGCCGAACGAGGCAAGAUCUUGAAGAACGCCGGAUGGGAUCUCGCGACUGGACCGAGCGGCGUCGCGUCGACGGGCGACUUCAACUUCUGCGUUCCUCUCGAUACGCUGCUAGGUUUCUCCGAGGAUUACAGGCGCGUCGUUAUCAACGCGCGUCACGAGCUGAUUCUGAUAAGAGCGCGAAACGACAACAAUUGUCUGAUAUCGCGCGAGGAAUUCGAGCUCGCGAAGAUACAGUGGCGCGUGCCGCACGUGCGCAGAUAUCUGAGCGCGCCCUUUCGCUCGUGGGAUCUCUACGAGUUUCCGCUCCUGCAGAGCACGACCAAACACUCGUGGGCCGUAAAAGCGGCCACGCAGCUCGAGAAACCGCGUUACGUCAUCUUCGCGUUGCAGACCGGAAGGAAGAACGUCCUGUCGCAGGACGCUUCCAGAUUCGACGCGUGCAAUCUGACCAACGUAAAGUUGUAUCUCAAUUCCGACUUCUAUCCGUACGACGAUAUGAAUUUGGACUUCGAUAAGAACAAGAUCGCCGUACUGUACGACGCCUACGCGAGAUUUCGACGAACGUAUUACGGAUCCGCGAGCGACGAGACGCUCCUGACUAUGAACAAAUUUCUAUACUGCGGCCCACUCGCGGUGAUAGAUUGUUCCCGCCAAAACGAAGCGAUUAAGAGCGCCACUGUGGACGUUCGUCUAGAAUUCGACUGCAAGGACAACGUUCCUUCUAACACCACGGCGUACUGUCUAAUCAUUCACGAUCGCGUGGUGGAGUACAAUCCGCUGACGAACGUCGUGCGCACGCGAAGCAGAUCGUUCGCGACGCGAUAUAUCGCGCGUCGAGGGAUCUCGAACGCCGCGGUGACGAUUUACGUCAAGGGUCUCGAGAAGAAGAAGUGGCUGGCCGACAUCGCGGGAGAGGUCGCGGAACAGCUCGACCUGACGAUGGAGACCAUCGACGCCGAUUACGAGGAUAUCGGACCCCUUCGAACGCUAGCCGCGACUCGCGUCUAUCGCUGCGGCUAUCACUCGAAGAAUUGCGCCUUGGAAAACGUGUGCAAACUGCACAACUGGUGGUUGGAGAGACGCGAUCAAUUGCGCGACAUGUGA